AUGCAGCACCUCGUCCUCGUCGGAGCCUGCUAUCUCGACACCAUCCUCAGCGUCCCCCAUUACCCCGAGCAAGACUCCAAGCUGCGGGCAACGAGCCUCGCCAUCCGCCGCGGCGGCAACUGUCCCAACACGCUCGAGGUCCUCGAGCAGCUCCUCGACGCCCACCACCACCGGGACAAUGUCCAAGCUCAUCUCGUCUCCCCCCUGCCGGAGAGGUCCUCGCCCGCCACCCGCCGCAUCGUCGCCUCCUUCGGCCCCCGGUCCCGGGCCGACUUGGACCACUGCCUCUACCGCGAUGCCUGCUCCGAGCCUGCCAGCAGCUACAUCAUCCGCAGCGAGGCCACCGGCAGCCGCACCAUCGUCAACUACAACCUCCUGCCGGAGAUGACGGCCCGCGAGUUCGAGGGCGUCGUGCGCGCCUUUGUCUCGCACCCGGACUCGUGGUGGCAUUUUGAGGGCCGCAUCCCAGACACAACCCUGGCCUGCAUCCGCCUGCUGCGCAGCCACCUGCCCGCAGCCCGCAUCAGCGUCGAGCUGGAGAAGCCAGGCCGCCAGGGCCUCCCCGAGCUAGCGGCCGAAGCAGACGUUGUCUUUUACUCGAGGUCCUGGGCCGAGAGCCGCGGCCACCAGUCUGCCGAAGCGUGUCUCACCGGCGAGCAGCGACGACAAAGCACCGUCGGCGCAGGUGACACCUUCAUCGCCGGAAUGCUGUACGGCCUCGUCUGCCGCGAAAAGACGUGGCACCUCAGCCAGAGCGUCAGGUUCGCCGUCGACCUGGCCACCCUCAAGGUGCAGCGAGAGGGCUUCCAGGGCCUCGGCGCCGACAUGGUGGCGCCGGCGACUGGUUGA